GUAUUGUCCAGAAGAGAGAUACUGAGAAGAUGUACGCCAUGAAGUACAUGAACAAACAGCAGUGCAUCGAAAGGGAUGAGGUUCGCAACGUGUUCAGAGAGCUGGAGAUCCUGCAGGAGAUCGAGCACGUGUUCCUGGUGAACCUCUGGUACUCCUUCCAGGACGAGGAGGACAUGUUCAUGGUGGUGGACCUGCUGCUGGGCGGGGACCUGCGCUACCAUCUGCAGCAGAACGUGCAGUUUACGGAAGAAACGGUCAAGCUCUACAUCUGCGAGAUGGCGCUGGCGCUGGACUACCUGCGGAGCCAGCACAUCAUCCACAGAGAUGUAAAACCAGACAACAUUCUCCUUGAUGAGCAAGGUCAUGCACAUUUAACAGAUUUUAAUAUUGCAACAAUAAUUAGGGAUGGUGAAAGAGCAACUGCCUUAGCUGGAACCAAGCCAUACAUGGCUCCAGAGAUCUUUCAUUCGUUCAUGAAUGGUGGCACGGGUUACUCCUUUGAAGUUGACUGGUGGUCCUUGGGCAUUAUGGCCUAUGAACUUCUUCGAGGAUGGAGACCAUAUGAUAUCCACUCCAGUAACCCAGUAGAGUCUUUAGUCCAGCUCUUCAGUACUGUGAGUGUCCAGUACUCGUCUGCAUGGUCAAAGGAAAUGGUUGCCCUGCUAAGAAAGCUGCUGACCGUGAACCCCGAGCAUCGCUUCUCCUGCCUCGCCGACGUCCAGGCCUCCGCUUACCUGUGCGCCGUGGCGUGGAGCGACGUCUGCGACAAGAAGGUGGAGCCGGGCUUUGUGCCCAACAAGGGCCGCCUGCACUGCGACCCUACCUUCGAGCUGGAGGAGAUGAUUCUGGAGUCACGGCCGCUGCACAAGAAGAAGAAGAGGCUUGCAAAGAACAAGUCGAGGGACAACAGCAAGGACAGCUCCCAGUCGGAGAAUGACUAUCUCCAAGAAUGCCUUGAAGCAAUCCAGCAGGACUUUGUCAUUUUUAACCGAGAGAAACUAAAGAGGAGCCAAGAGCAGCCGAGCGAGCCCACGUCUCCCCCUGAAGCCCCCGACGAGGCGGAGGCCGCGAGCCUGAACCUGACCAUGUGCAGCUCCGUGUGCUCCUCGUCGGGCAGCAGCUAG